AUGGCUUUGACCGGAAUUAAGGCCGUGAAGAAUCCCGUCCGUGUUGUGCUGCAACGGAUUGCACAAUUUAUGUUCGUCGUGAUCGGAAUUUCAGGAAUUCUUAUGAUCGCGAUGAUCCUCGCUUUCCAACAAAAGCCGAACUUCGCUCCUGGAUGGUGUAUUAUCGUCCUUGGUGUCUUGACUGUUGGAGCUUCUGUUUUGGGAUUCGCGGGCUUCAUUAACUCUGGUUGCUUCAUCUGUCACUCAGCGAUUCUAUCUUUGGCAGCAGUCGGCUGUGGUGCAUUCACCCUGGCAUUGUUUGUUUCUAAGCCGGCCAUUGCAAGGGCCAUCAACUCACGUCAGUGGAACGACGACAAGGUCUGGGCUUUCUUAACCAAGAUCCACUUCACUCAUCUGCUUGUACAGAGCCUUGAGGAGCAACAGCGACAACGGGACACAGAAAUGCAUAAGCUGAAGAAGACAGUGUAA